AGAGAGAGAGAGAGAGGUCAGCUGAGAGCUUGGAUUUCCUGUGGCCACUCAGUUCUAGCUAAUGGUGGAUAGGAUGCCAUCAAUACCCAUGUCUUCAAAUGUCCCACUCUUGAUCAGGAUCUUAUCAGGUUACAUUUUCUUUACUGCAGCAUUAUCUUGGAGAUAAAAAGAGGGAGAAAAUGAGGAUGAGGAACAAACCCAGGAAAUCAUCUGCUUUCCGUUGCAAUGCAGGAAGCAGAUGCUCAUUGUCUGCUAUAGUGUGGAGCUUGGUAGGGUGCAUUCUCAUGAUUCAUUUCUACUCCCUUGCGCGCCACCAGGACAAGGGAGAGACCCAAGUGCGCUUGAAUCAUUUUCCGCUGACCAGAGAACUUGAAGAGAUUGAGGAGGAGAAUUUCCAGCUCCAGCCUCGAGGCAAGCGGUCCCCACGUGCUGCAAAACGGAGAGGAGGGAGGAAACCCUCCCUGAUCGAUGAAUUCCUUGAUGAUUCUUCUCAGAUCAGAUUGCUGUUCUUCCCCGAUCAUAGGACUGCUUUUGGCCCCACAAGGUCAGCAGGUAAUGAUAGCAUGUAUUUCUACCCGGGUAAGCAGUGGUUGGACACUGAGGGGAAUCAUAUUCAAGCCCACGGAGGAGGGAUUCUGUAUGAUGAGAGGACAGAGACGUACUACUGGUAUGGAGAAAACAAGGACGGGCCCACUUACCACGCUCACAAAAAAGGAGCAGCACGGGUUGACAUUAUUGGUGUUAGUUGCUAUUCUUCCAAGGACCUGUGGACGUGGUUUCAUGAGGGUAUCGUGCUGUCAGGGGAGGAGACGAACGUCACCCACGACCUGUACAAGUCCAAUGUGCUCGAGAGGCCUAAGGUGAUCCACAACGACAGGACAAACCAAUACGUAAUGUGGAUGCACAUUGACGAUGUUAACUACACAAAAGCCUCUGCAGGGGUAGCUGUCAGCGAUUCACCCACGGGGCCGUUCAAGUAUCUCUACAGCCAACGCCCGCAUGGGUUCGACAGUAGGGACAUGACUGUCUUCAAAGAUGACGACGGCAAGGCCUACCUCAUCUAUUCUUCCGAGGACAAUAGCGAACUCCACAUUGGCCCACUCACGGACGAUUAUCUUGAUGUUACUCAUGUUAUGAAGAGGAUUUUGGUGGGGCAACAUCGGGAGGCCCCUGCCAUUUUCAAGCACCAAGGGACUUAUUACAUGAUCACUUCAGGGUGCACGGGGUGGGCCCCAAAUGAGGCAUUGGCCCAUGCGGCAGAGUCAAUCAUGGGGCCAUGGGAGACGAUGGGGAAUCCUUGUAUAGGGGGGAACAAGGUCUUCAGAGCAACGACAUUCUUUUCACAGAGCACGUUCGUGGUGCCGCUGCCGGGGAUUCCUGAUUCUUUCAUAUUUAUGGCAGAUCGGUGGAACCCAGCGGAGCUGAGGGACUCAAGAUAUGUAUGGUUGCCGUUGACCGUUGGCGGCGCAGCUGAUGAGCCGCUGGAGUACAAUUUUGGGUUCCCAUUGUGGUCUAGAGUGUCCAUUUACUGGCACAGAAAGUGGAGGCUACCAGAUGGAUGGAAAAGAGCCUAAAACCCGGAGUUUGGCCAUUUUAAGGCCCAUCUGAUUGCUUAGAGCAUUGAGCUUUGGCUAGCCUACAUGCAUCUCUACUCGCCGCCACACAUGCACUGUACGUGUGGGAGAUCUCUGAGCCAUUCAAAUGUGAGCUGGCCCCACAGUAGAUUCGCCAGGUGGGUCACGCAGGUACGUAAAUGAUAUGUAGUUUAAAAGUUGCAACUGGCCAAUGAGUGCACAUGGCCCAUUGAGUAAGCGGACCGGCCUGAUCCUUGGGCCAGCUCAUCUACACAGUGGUCCACGCCUGUUUGUAAAGCUUGGCGGUUGGUCCCACACGCGCGGGGCGUGUGGCCACAUGUAGAGGUGCCUGUGGGCGUAUUAUCAAACCUCAUAGCAUUCACUUCUGAUGACAGUGUGUAUGUGUAUUAUAUGUGCAGUCUCUUUGGGUGGGUGUGUCUGCAUUCUGCAUUCUGAUGUUGUAGUUUUGUAGUAUCUCCAUCUCCCUUGCCUUCAUAACCCUUCAUCUGAGGUGGUCUUGUUUACAUAUCCAUAAAAAGAGGGGUGAAGAUCAUCCAUGUCAUUGGGAGGAUUGUUUAACACUCUUUGGCCAGAUGGAGGAUUUUUGCGUUAUGAUAACUUGGAACAGUUGAUUUAAUGUCAUCUUUACCUUUGGUGACUGGAUUA